AUGUGUAACUGCAGCGUGCUCACCACUGAGUCUCUUUGCAUGAAUUGUCACCAGUCUAGCCGACGCACCGUGGUCAAGAGCAGCAUGUUUCGAGAGAACCCCGGGCGGGCCGUGGCCUUGGACAAGACCUGCAAGGACCAUCACAUGCUGCGACUUCCCACCACCAAGGAGCGUUCUGUCAAGGCUCCUAAGGCCAACACACGUCAAGACUACAUGGACCUACCGGUGCGGCCUCACAAUGAAGGGUCUCGUAGAGCUUCACAAGCUCAGAGUCUAGCUGUUGCCAAAGUCGACCGCUCUGGUACGGUACACGGUCGGACCUCCAAGUCUCACACAGCUUCUUCGGUCGCACACAACCCAGAGCGUUCCCGUCGAUAUGAAGUUGACCACUCGCCACGUGACGGAGGCCAGAAGUACCGUGAAGAGCGUACUCGAGUGCAGUAUCAGGUCACACAUGAGGAGGGCGGUACCCGACAAUCCGUCACCGUCGGCUGCGAAUACAGUGUUGUUACCAAAGUCCCGCCUGAGGCCCCGCGUGUCUCACGACAAGUUGCCCGGAGCCGGUAUGAGCACUGA